AUGGAUGAGAAACCAAGAAUUGCUGAUGGACAAGAGGCCGUUUUCCGCUAUGGUGAGCAUCAAUCCGGAGCGAAAUCUUCCAACUUCGGAAAUCCGAGACUUCUGUGUAUUUUGGUUUGCCCUGUGAUUCUGAUCAUGGUGCUGUUGGCAGUCUCUGAAAAUUCAAUUUGGGUGAGUAGCCUAGACAGGGGGCUGCACAAAGCAGAAGUUGCUGAUCAAUCCCUUUUGCACGCCUACAAUGAGUCUUCCACUGUCAUCAUCAGGACGAUGGCUCACAACCUGCAACAUGUUUCUGCUGAAGCGGCUGUCACGCAAAUCCACGUCUAUACCAGCUUGCCGGAGUUGGUGGUCAAUCUGAAUGUUGAAGAAUUUCAUGAUUUGCCUUUGUCUGAAUCCGAAGUGAUUGAUGAGACCCUCAGAACCAUGUGGAAACAGACAACUCAACUGUUUCCGGAAGUAGGCUGCAUUUUCUAUGCUAAUGAAGAAGGGUUGUAUGUUGGCUACGAGCGCUUGCCAAAAAGCUUUCUGAAGAUGCGCAAUGUGUCCUACACUUUUGGAGCCGAAUUCCGUGCUUCGGACACAACCCCUAUGCCAGUGUGCAGCUACUGUCCACCUGUGUCAGUACUGCGUCCGGGGGAGAAGACUUAUUAUUUUGUCGACAGUGAGGGCAAAUAUGCGGAAACCUAUGAACGACAUGAAUACGAUCCUCGCAAGCGGCCUUGGUACCGCAAAGCAGUCGCAGCCAAGGGAAAUAUGACUUGGAUGGAUAUCUACAACCACAGCAGUGGGAAUUCGAUGGGCACAUCAGCCCAAAGAGCAAUUAUGAAAAAUUCCAAGGUCACGGGAGUGGCAGCUGGUGAUUUUACGGUGAAUCUACUCAGUUACUUCAUGCAGGAUGUCACGAGCGUCAUCGAAUUUGAAGAGGGUUUCAUUAUUGAUGCGAAGUCUGGCUUGAUGGUUGCAAGUUCCAGGGGCAUGAGCCAGGUAGCCAGGCCCGUCUCUCCACAGGACAACGAGGGCUUAGUGAGAUUUCAUUGGAAACAGGUUCCGGACUGUUUGGUGGAGUCAACCAUCAGAACCCUCUUGCAGAAGUACGGAUCGUUGAAAGCAGCCCUUGCACCCGAACAGGGUGGCUCCACACUGGCAACCACCGACGGGCGUUUCAUAUUCACAUUCACCGGAAACCUGCAACCAACCUUUCAGGAGGCGCAUGGUUGGCUCGUGGUUGUUGCUGCUCCGCUGAGCACAUACAUGCAUGAAUCCUGGCGGCAACAAGCAUGGGCAGAAAAGACCAGCACGCUUUUGCACAAGGAGCUCGCGGACAAUGUCGACAAGCAUCAGAUCAAGACUAUUUGGGUUUGUGCUUUGUUCUCGCUGCUGGGUGGCCUCUUCAUGGUUUGCGUGGGCUUUGCAAUUACCCGUCCCUUGAAAAGAAUCUCCACUGACAUGCUUUCCAUGGCGAAGCUUGAAUUUCUAUCUGCUCAAGCGGAGAUCAUCAUUGACAGGGAUGGUGUUGAUGAAAGAAGCGCCCAUAGGACCCGAUUCUUGAGUGAGCACUUGAAGAAGCUCUUUUCAGAUUUGGCUCAGCGAACCAGAACUCGAAGGUUCAGCAAAAACUCUGAUGACAGUGCUGGCUUCACAGAUGGUGAGCAGUGCAGCAGUCACAGUGGUAGUGAGGAAACAGUGCGUAGCCGCCAUGGCCAUAGCCGCCGAGGAGUUGGAUCAGGUCAAUCGACUGAGACCAAUCGUACCAAUCGUGGCUAUGAUCGCGACGGCCGAGACGGCCAUGACUGUGAGGACUUAGAGGCUCCAUCCAGGAGUUGCUUCCGCUUUUCCACACCCAAAGAGGUCCUUGACAUGCGGGAGUCCUAUGUUUACAUGGUGACUGGCCUCAAAUCCUUUGCAAGAUAUCUGGAUCCGGAGAUCAUGAGGAUUCUGGUGAUAAGCAAGCGUCAAGCACAACUCGGCAUGGGAAGGGCAGAUGUGACCAUAUUCUUCAGUGACAUUGCCAACUUCACGACAAUGGCAGAGCAACUUGAGCCUGAGACGUUCAUGUCGCUUCUCACAGAGUAUUUGGAUGAAAUGAGCAAGAUUAUCAUGGCCAAGCGAGGGGUUGUGGGUGAGUUUAUUGGAGAUGCCAUCAUGGCAUGGUGGAAUGUGCCCAUUGAUUUAGGACAGGAACACACAGCCAUGGCCUUGGAUGCUGCCCUUUGUCAACAACUCCGUUUGCAAGAGCUCCGUGACGUUUGGGAAGCAAAAAGUCUACCUGAAGUCAGGGUUCGCAUGGGUCUUGUUCGGGGCACUGUGCUUGCUGGAAAUAUUGGCAGUUCCCAAAGGAUGAAAUAUGGUUUAGUUGGUGAUAGUGUGAAUUUGGCAUCUCGUUUGGAAGGCCUUUGCAAGUACUAUGGAGUGAGCGUCAUUAUUGAGCAAGAGGCGGCUUUUGCGCCAGCUGUGCAAAACCGUUUUCAUUUGAGAUUGUUGGAUCUGGUCACCGUGAAAGGGCGCACUCAAGCCACAGAGCUCUAUCAGCUACUCGCAGAGAAGGGCGAUUUGCCUGAUGAAUUUGAUGCAGAAGAGGAUUUACAAUACUUCAUUGGAGGUUUUGCAGAGAUUCAUCGCCUGUAUCGGUCGAAGAAUUUCGGUGCCUGUGCUGAGGCAUUGAAACAGUAUAGACGGCAGUUCCCUCAAGACACGCCAAGCAAGAUGCUUCUCCGACGUGUUGAGACCUUGCUGAACGAGGGGCUGCCAGCUGACUGGGACGCAGUUCACAGGCCUGUGAGGCCAUUUGCUUUCUCCUUGCGUCAAUCUACAAGUCUGCCGUUGUGA